AUGGCGGCAUUGGCAGGAGGGGGAGGUGCACCUGGCGGUGGGGCGCUCGGGCCCCCUGCUACGGGGCCCUUUACCGCUGCCGAGAUAGCCGCAGUGACCACCCUGGCUGCGGCUAAGGAUUUGGCAGGCGUUAGUGAUGAGGCUUGGGGAGUUUUGCAGCGGUCCAUUGGUGGAGCACCUUCGCUCCGGGUGUUGGGAUCUAUCCCCGCCAUUGCGAUCGUAGCUUCUAUCCGAGCCUCGCGCAUGCCUUCUCCCACCGCGGCUGAUCCCACCGCGGUACGGGAUUUUACGAUCCUCGAAGCCACGCAACUUGGGUUGAUGUGGAGGGCGGCGAGGCUAUCGUUGGGACUGCCCGAUCAAGACCCUUAUGACCCUGGCCGGCUGCAGCCGCCCUUUGUCCCGGCCGGGGUCGCAGGAGGAGCAGGAGACGGGGCCAGGAAGGUCAAGAUGAGCACCGUCCUCGACCAGGGUGACGACGGAGAGGUGCCGAAGUUAGACCAGAUGGAUGUGGACGAGUUCUACAGAAAUCUGGAAAGGGUCAAAGGGGGGCCAGUGAGACCGGAAGCCGAGCCGACCCCGGACCAGAUUUCGGCCAUGAAGUUCCUCAAUCACGUCCUGCAACCCGAUGGCACCUUCAGAGCCGUCGAGGUGGCGGGCCCUCCCAAUUUCGACUCCUGGCUCACCUCCUGGCACGUUUUCGAAAACACCUUGCUGAUGUUGAGGAGCCAGGACCCCACUACGGGAGGGGACGUCCAAAUCGUCGCGCAGUCCACGCUGGACCUCUACCGGGAGACUUUCAGGGACCUGGCUGGGAGGUACUCCGACACAUGGCAAUGGCACCUGCUGGUGACAGCGGAGGACCGGUGUAGGGCGGAACACUUCCCCCGGGUCAAACGCCUUCUUCAGGAACGCCACGCCCAAGCACUCGCCCCCGACUACGACGCAGCAAGGCCGUGGGAUGCCGUGUUUAGGUACGCCUGCCAGGACAGGGCGUAUUGGGACGAACACGUUCGUGAUCCCGCCCUCCGCUUCCUCGCCGCCAGGGGGAAUGGUACAAAGAGGCAGAUUGGCGGAACGGGGCAGGCCACGGACCGCACCGGAGACGGGGUGCCUCCCCCUCCGGCGCCGACUGGCACCCCUCGCAAAAGGCGCAGGAGGCGAAGCACGCCAGCGAAGGAGCAGCCGACGCCCCCUACCACCCCACCGCCCGCUCCCACGAAGCGGGAGGAGGGGGAAAGGUACACCACCGAUCGCCAGGGCAACCAGAUCUGCUUCCCGUUCGGCAUCGGCAAGUGCAAAGGGGUCUGCGCGCAGGGCCCGGACGUAGCCCCCCCUCCGGAGCCCACGGAGGAGAAGGGGGCAGGAGGCGGGGCAGACGUGGCAGCGCAUGUGGCACGGCAAGGUGGUGAGAACGGUAAGGCCCGGUUCCUCGCCCGGUUCCUCGAGCUGUUCGCUGGGUACGCGGGCUUGUCGAAGGCGGUCAAGGAGGCCGGGGGCACGAGGGUCGAAGUGUUGGACCCGGCCGACAAGAUCGUUGGCGACAAGACGUUGGACCUCAGCGAUGACGACGAGUACGCCCAGCUGCUUCAGGAUCUGAGGGAGGUGCCGGUGGACUGGGAGAAGGAGGCAGACCUCCUAGCCGAACGGUGCGUGGGGAUAGCCGAGCUGCAGCUCGAGCUAGGAAAGGAUUUCUCCAUCGAGAACCCCGAGGGAACCCACCGGCCUUCUCUGCAGAGCCCCCUGGAUCGCCGAUACGGCGUUUACGGCCUCAUGGAAGCGAUCACGGAGGCGACUGGAGACCCGGACACGGAUGUUGCAUCUUGGUUCAGGGACGGCGCCCCUUUGGGGAUUUUGAACGCCAUCCCAAACCGAGGCGUCUUCCCCGAGGCGGGGCUGUCAGAGGCACAACGUGCGUCACAGGAAUACUACGAAGCCCGGGGGGCACCCGAGGGCAGGGAGAACUACCGCUCGUUUGAAGAAUUUGCGACGGAGUCGGAGGAAGAGCUCCAGAGAUUGGUCCGGGAAGGCCAUCUUGAAAGAAUAGGAGAAUGGGAGGACGUCGUUGCCCGGUGGCCCGACGCCAUCACCACCCGGAUCGCAACGAUCGUCAAGGAACGCCCGGAUUGUGUUGCCAAGGGCACAGUGGAGGGCAUCCUGGACCUCCUCCGGAGGCGCAAGCCCGGAGAAGAGGUCUACCUCAUCACGGUCGACAUCGCCGACGCUUUCCUCAACCUGCAGGUCAAAGAAGAAGAGCGAGCGUACACGAUAGUCCGGGGACAGGACGGCACGUACUACGCAUACAAAGGCGUUCCCUUCGGGUUGGCCACCGCACCUCUCCUUUGGGGCAGGGUGGCGGCGUGGCUCAUGAGAUUUAUUCAGGCAAGCAUGGCAAGGGACCGCGCAAGCCUUCAGUGCUACGUGGACGACCCAUUGGCGGCGGUCCGAGGCGCCGCCCGCGAGGCGACGCACAUCAUGCUCAUGAUGAUGGUAGCGUUCUCCGUGGUGGGCGCCAGGCUUGCGAUCAAGAAGUUGGCGGCGGGACCGUCGGUCCCCUGGAUAGGCUCGGUCCUGUCUGUCGAAGGGGACGCAGUCAGGAUUCACCUGGAUAAAGCCAAGACAUUAAAGCUCCUCCACCGUGUGGAGACCGUCCUCAACUCACCGGGCCUCGCCCCGGGGAUCAGAUCCCUGGCGGGCGAGCUGUCCUGGGUCGCGGGCAUCGCCCCGAGAUUGCGACCCUUCGUCUCCAUGCUGUGGGCGGCAGCCACGGCGGCCGACCAGCACGGGGAAAGUGGCACCGCGAGGAGAGCGGAUGGGAGUCCAGAGGACCCAUCGUGCAUGGGACGCCUGGUUGCGUCCGGUGUACUGGAGGUGGCACAAUUUCUAGGAGCCCGGAUCGGCGAGUCCAGCUCCAUGACCACGUUCGAGCUCCUGGCGCUCUUCGUGGGAGACUCCAGCAACCACCUGGCCGCUGAGAUCAGCCUCCUUCUCGAAACGCUUCAGUUGAGGAGGCUGCAGGGUCUUCCCCGGGACGAGGUGCAAUGCAGCCUGGACCUGUUCGAGCUGCCCCUGCUCGUACCUCCGCCCCCAGCAUGCUGCUGGUGUGGCUCCUUUUUGCGGGCCCUCGGCGGCGAACUGGCCGCCUGGGAACUUUGGGUUCCCCACGGCUGCGACCUGUCGCUCCUCGCGCUUCUCUGCUGGCGCAUGGCGCGAUGCUGCAUGUGGAAGGUGGUGGGGCUCGCGGCCGCUAGCGUCCAGAUGGGCGAAAGAGGUGAGCCCGGAGCGGCCUGCGGCAAGACGACAGUGGAGGAGAGAGGCCGGGGCCCAGGAGACGGUGGGGGAACAGAGUGGGUAGCCGGUCCAACAGCGAAGAAAGCUCGCGAAGAAGAAGGAGAAGAGGAGGAGGAGGAGGAGGAGGAGGAGGAGGAGGAGGAGGAGGAGGAGGAGACCGGGGCCAUGCAGUUCAGGAGCCCGCGGAGUGAGGACCACUACAUCCGCACCCUCCCCAUGAUGGGAGGAACCGUGCUGUGCGGGAUCUGCGUCCGCCCCCACCGUUCGGUGAGCGGGCCGGAAGCGCAGGGGUCGACGGAGGCCCGGACGCGGCCUGGUUUGCCCAGGCUGCGUGGUGACGCUCCGGGAUGGAACGGUGGCUUGCCGGUGCUGCUCUACGAGGAAAACCGGAGAGGGGGCGCAGGGCAGCUCCCGCCGGUGCAGCUCGACGAGGGUCCUCGCGUGACCCCGGAGCUGAGAGGGAAGGCCCCGCCACUCGUGCCGGGCACGGUGGUCCCACUGACCGAAGGCAGGGACGGGCACAGCCCAACCGGCGACACCCGCGACGGUGCUGGUGAAGGCGAUGCCCAGGGCAAGGUGAACUACGUGGACAGGACGUCGGGGCCAGCCGCCCCCGUCCCGGAGGGGGAACCUGAUCCCCCAAAAAGCCUGAGGGAGCGAGAAGGGGGAAAGAAAGACGACCCGGCCUCGACCGGGACAGGCCGGGAGGUUCGGGAGGAGGCCGGGAGGGGAAGGAGUCUCGCGCAAAAGCUCCGGGCAAAGCUCGCGGAGGGAGCUCGCGACCACGACCCGCAAAUCCCUCCAAGGGAAGACUGCGCACUCGUGGGAUGCGGCGUGGGCGCCCAGCCCCCGCUUCACCAUCCUCCCCACUCCCUUGACUGCCUCCAGGAGGUCGAGGUCCUGGUGUGGUGGCGGCAGGCCGACACCAAGCAGCGCGAGCCCGUCCCUUUCCCACCCCCGUUGGGGACCCCACGCUUGGUGACGUUCGGGGUCUGGUUCUUGGUGAGGUGCGACGAGAUCGCCUCUGACGAUGGGAAGCUCGGGUGCACCUUGCGGGACCAGUACGCGGUGCGCCUGGGAGAGCUGGCGGCGGAGGGCCGGGUCGGCGACCGGACGACGGCGCUUCGGCACGCACAGCCUGCGCGUCACCGGGGCGGUGGUGGCGUUCUGGACGCCGAGGCGGUGAUGGCGCAUGGGCUGCGUUGGAAAAGCGAGGCCGCCAUGAGGCGCUACCUUCGUGGUGCGCCCAUAGCGCGCGCAGCAAAGGCCUCGCAGACCAUCGCCCGCGCCCUGAAGGAAGGCCCCAUGUCCUGGGGAAGUGGAGGCCCGGUAGGGGCCAGCGCGGGCCCCCCGGGCGCCGAGGAGCUUCUGAGGGCGGGAAGGGCCCAGAAGUCUGAGGACUUGGUCGUGAAGAUCAAGAACGGGCUCACGGGGACUCUGCACGCUCCCCGGGCCCUAGACCUGAACCACCCGGCCGCGUCGAAGGCGAGGUGCGGGUUGAAUUGGGUCCAGAAUGGACUCGCCGGCUCCGGCUUGAACUUUCCGGGCAGGAUCGCCUGGACGUACUUGUACAGAAGCAAGGAAAACAAGUGCAAAGUCGACCGGAGGUCGCUCGCAGGGAAUCCUGCUGAGGGGCGGCGGAGGGCAUUUGGCCCCACGCCCCGCAUCUUGGAAGCGGGAACGCUGUGGGGACGGGACGAAGAAGGGGAGAUCGGAGUGCAUCGAUUGAGCCCACGAUGGGCGCGGCGGCUCGACGAAGGUGCAAAGUCGACCGGAGGUCGCUCGCAGGGAAUCCUGCUGAGGGGCGGCGGAACGCUGUGGGGACGGGACGAAGAAGGGGAGAUCGGAGUGCAUCGAUUGAGCCCACGAUGGGCACGGUCCCUUUGUCAGGCUGGCUUCACUCGGCAGGAUUCGAUGGGCCAAGAGCUCGAAGAGAAUUACGACCUCCUGGAGAAAAUCGGGCGCGGUUCAAGUGGGCAGGUCUUCCGGGCUCGAAGAAAGGUGGACGAGAAGGAAGUCGCUCUGAAGAUUAUGUCUGCAACCAGUCCAGAUGUGGUUGCCUCACGCCGCGCAGAGUUCGAUAUACUCUCUCGCCUGAGUCAUCCCAACAUCGUGCAAGGUUUGGAGUUCUUCUGCUCAGACUGCACUGCAGUCAUCGCCCUGAGCUACCACUCGGGUAGCACGCUGCACAGAGCGGUCAGGGACUCCUUGUCUUCCUGCUUGACGGAAGCAGACUCCAAGCGGCUCUUCCGCAAGCUCAUCUCCGCAGUGUCGUAUCUGCAUGAGCAUCGCAUCGUGCAUCGGGACGUGAAGGCCGACAACAUCCUGGUGUCGUCUGAUCUCAUGGACUUGCAUCUGGUGGAUUUCAACACUGCGAGGCCACUUCUGGAGGGGGGCGCUCUUACUAUGACAGGGACCCCCGAGUACGCGGCUCCGGAAGUCCUGAACGGAGAGUCGCCUUCGGAACAGCACGACGUUUGGGGGGCCGGGUUGUGCCUGCACUGGAUGCUCAUGGGGGCCCUUCCGCAGCGUGUCAGUGGAUUUUCGACUGUGAGACAGUUUGCCGCGGCCGUGCUCCCAGCGCCGGUGACAUGUCAGGGCAGCCGGUGGCAAGCUAUUUCACCGGAAUGUCGGGAUGUGGUGCAGCGAUGCCUGACCAUUUCCAAAGAUCAUCGCCCGGCCGCAAUGCUGGUCUUACACCUUUCAUGGGUGGAAGCAGAGUUACCGGUGCAGAAGAGACAAACGACAAGUCCAACAAUGACUUUGGAUGAUGCUAUCGAGCGGUGGGCAACGGGCACGAUUCCAUUUUUUCCGGACUCGCCCGUGCCUGCAAGCCGAACGCACACUCAACCCUCGUUUGUGCAGCGGUGUGAAGUCUGGUAA